UGUGGGCCUGAAGUUCAAGUUCGGUUGUAAAAGAAAGCUGUGUUGUGAACAGACUUAAGCGCUGCGCCCGGGGGAAGAGAACAGGACUCUCAGAACCACACCUCUCCGGUUCAGGCAGCCUUCUCUUCAACAUUCGGAUGCUGUUUGGAAGCACACGACUUUCCCACUUUUGAACGGAAUGAGUUUUGAAAACACCUAACCUGGAUGUUUUUGCCCGUGCGAGUUUUGUGAAAGGCCGAACUUUUGGGGGGAGACGCGUUUCCGGAACUUUAAAACUACAAUGGACCAAGCCAGCGGUGGGGAAGACCCGAAUAAACCCUCCAAAAAGAAGUCCAACGAGGAUGAGGGUAAAAACAAAAAGCUGAACAUACAUAUAAAAACAUUGGCUGAUGAUAUGCGGGAUCGUAUAACCAGUUUCAGGAAAACUGGGAUGAAGAAGGAGAAGCCUCUCAUACAGCACCCGACGGAUCCCAGCUCUACUCAUAUCGAGCUGCCUGUUCCGCAGCCCCUUUUUGACGAGAGAUCCAUGAACCUCUCGGAAAAAGAAAUCAUUGACCUUUUUGAAAAGAUGAUGGAGGAUAUGAACCUCAAUGAAGAACGCAAAGCUCCUCUGCGUGGAAAGGACUUGAGCACCAAGCGUGAGAUGGUGGUCCAGUACAUCUCAGCAACUGCCAAAUCUAUAACUGGGAGCAAAGUUGCGGGUGGUCUAAGGAACAGCAAGCAUGAGUGUACUCUUUCUUCCCAAGAAUAUGUCCAUGAACUGCGCUCUGGCAUCACAGAUGAAAAGCUGCUCAAUUGCCUGGAAUCCCUCAGAGUGUCUCUCACCAGUAACCCUGUUAGUUGGGUUAAUAAUUUUGGACAUGAGGGUCUCGGCCUUCUUCUGGAUUCACUGGAGAAGCUGCUGGACAAGAAACAGCAAGAAUAUAUUGAUAAACGGAACCAGCAUAAACUGAUUCAGUGCUUGAAGGCUUUCAUGAACAAUAAGUAUGGGCUGCAAAGGAUCUUGGGAGACGAGCGGAGCUUGUUGCUGUUGGCAAGAGCAAUUGACCCCAGGCAGACCAACAUGAUGACGGAGAUUGUCAAAAUUCUUUCAGCUAUCUGCAUUAUUGGAGAAGAAAACAUCCUGGAUAAAAUUUUGGCUGCCAUGACAAUUGCUGCAGAGAGGAACAACAAAGAGAGGUUUGCUCCGAUUGUGGAGGGACUGGAGAACCACGAGGCCCAGCAGCUCCAGGUAGCCUGCAUGCAGCUGAUUAAUGCCCUCGUCACGUCGCCUGAUGACUUAGACUUUCGGAUACAUCUACGCAAUGAGUUCUUAAGAUGCGGUCUAAAAAAGAUCCUUCCUGAGAUAAAAGAGACAGAGGAGCUCGACAUCCAACUGAGGGUGUUUAACGAGAACAAGGAGGAAGAUGCUAUCGAACUCUCCCAUCGCCUGGAUGACAUCCGCGCUGAGAUGGAUGAUAUGAAUGAAGUGUACCAUCUUCUGUCAAAUAUGGUGAAAGACACAGCCUCAGAGACCUACUUUCUGUCAAUCCUUCAGCACCUAUUGCUUAUCAGGAAUGACUAUUACAUCAGGCCUCAGUACUACAAGGUGAUAGAAGAAUGUGUGGCUCAGGUGGUUCUGCACCGCAGUGGGACGGACCCUGACUUUGGCUACAGCAAACGAUUGGAUGUGGACUUCACACAUCUUAUUGAUCAGUGUGUGGAUAAAGCCAAAGUAGAAGAAAGUGAGCAGAAGGCUGUGGAAUACUCCAAAAAGUUUGAUGAGGAGUUCAGUGCUCGGCAGGAGGCCCAAGCAGAAUCUCAAAAGAAAGAAGAAAAAAUCAAGGAAUUGGAGGAGAAGAUUCAAGCCCUGGAGUCCCAGAGGUCUGCAGGCUCAGCUGCAACUGGAGCACCACCUCCCCCAGGGGGUCAGGUACCUCCACCUCCACCACCGCCUCCUCCCCCACCUGGUGGCUGCCCCCCACCUCCUCCACCUCCUCCUGUCCCUGGCCAUGCUGGUUUACCACCACCACCUCCACCUCCUCCACCUCCAGGUGGAGGACCUCCACCACCCCCACCGCCCCCAGGUUGUGGGCCACCACCUCCUCCACCACCCUUUGGAGGCCCUGGUGGACCUCCGCCACCUCCUGCAUUGCCAGUUGUCAAGCUGCCUUAUGGGCUGGAGCCAAAGAAGAUGUACAAGCCUGAAACUGUUAUGAAGAGGGUCAACUGGACCAAGAUAGUGCCUCAGGAAAUGGCAGAGAAUUGCUUCUGGAUCAAAGUCAAAGAAGAGAAGUUUGAGAAUCCUGACUUAUUUUCCCAGCUCUCCCUCUGCUUCUCCUCACAGAGUAAAGUUAAAAAAGACGUGAGUGAUGAAACUGAUAACAAAGUUCCACAAUUCAAGAAAAAGGCAAAAGAACUUCGUAUCCUGGACGCCAAGACAGCACAGAAUCUUUCAAUUUUCCUGGGCUCGUUCCGCCUGCCUUAUGAAGAAAUCCGUGACAUUGUGCUGCAGGUAGACGAGGAAAGACUUAGCGAAUCACUUAUUCAGAACCUGAUAAAGAACUUGCCUGAGCAGAAAGAACUGAGCGCUCUUGCAGAACUAAAGGGUGAAUACGAUGAACUGGUGGAGUCCGAGCAGUUUGGCAUUGUGAUGAGUUCAGUAAAGCUGCUACGACCACGUCUCAACGGCAUUCUGUUUAAGCUGACGUUCGAAGAACAAGUCAAUAACAUCAGGCCAGACAUCAUGAAUGUAACGUUCGCCUGUGAAGAGGUGAAGAAGAGUGAAGGUUUAAGUAAACUUCUGGAGCUCGUAUUGCUGGUUGGCAACUACAUGAACGCUGGCUCGAGGAACGCACAGACAUUUGGUUUCAACAUCAGCUUCCUUUGCAAGCUAAGAGAUACAAAAUCAAUCAGUCACAGCACGACACUUCUUCAUUUUCUGGCUGAGAAGUGUGAAGCGAAUUAUCCAGAGAUCGUGAGGUUUCCAGAUGAGCUAGAGCAUGUGGAAAGUGCCAGCAAAGUGUCUGCUGAAAUCCUGAAGAGCAGUUUGAGCACCAUGGAGCGUCACAUUCAGAGGCUCGAGAAUGAUAUUGAAAACUUCCCCAAAACGGAUGAACCACAAGAUAAGUUUGUGGCAAAGAUGUCCGGCUUCAGUAAGCAAUCUCGGGAGCAAUAUGAAAAGCUGUCCACCAUGCACAAGAACAUGCAGAAGCUCUAUGAGAACAUGGGCAGUUUCUUUGCAUUCGACCCCCACUCGGUGAGCGUGGAGGAUUUCUUCGGAGAGCUGGCCAACUUCCGCACCCUCUUCAUGGAAGCAGUGAAGGAGAACCACAAGAAGAGGGAGAUGGAGGAGAAGAUCAAGAGAGCCAAGCUGGCGAAGGAGAAAGCAGAGCGCGAGAAGCAGGAGCGCCAGCAGAAGAAGAAGCAGCUGAUUGACAUGAACAAAGAAGGAGAUGAAACUGGUGUGAUGGAUAGCCUAAUGGAAGCUCUACAGUCUGGAGCAGCUUUCCGUGAUCGUCGAAAACGGACACCACGCAACGGUGAUCAAAGCCCUUCCAGUCCAUCCUCUCGGUGGCCGGGUGCAAACUAUGGUAACAGAACUUUAGACAACCGCCGCGUACUCCUGGAAAGGUCUCGCUCCCGCCACAAUGCAAACUACCAGGGUCGGUGAUUACCCGCGCCUACCACAAAACGCUAGACAAGUGCCAAAGAGGCCUGCGAUGACGAGAUGAGGAAGACGCCUGCCGGAGGGACAGACCACCUCUCACUGUGGCACACACACACACCCAUCAUACACACCACCAAGUAUAGAACAAAAACGACCGAAGAAGACAUUUUACAUAUUUAUUCAUUAAGUCGUCUUCUCACUUUGAUUUAAAAAAUAAGGCCUCUGCUUUUUGAAAAAUC